AGCUGGGUGGUUUUUGCUGGUGCCACCAUGGUUCGUACGCUGAACUGCAUCGUCGCUGUGUCCCAGAACAUGGGCAUUGGCAAGAACGGGGACCUGCCCUGGCCCCCACUCAGGAAUGAAUUCAGGUAUUUCCAGAAAAUGACCACCACCUCUUCAGUAGAAGGCAAACAGAAUCUGGUGAUUAUGGGCAGGAAGACCUGGUUCUCCAUUCCCGAGAAGAGUCGACCUUUAAAGGACAGAAUUAAUGUAGUUCUUAGUAGAGAACUCAAGGAACCUCCACAAGGAGCUCAUUUUGUUGCUAAAAGUCUGGAUGAUGCCUUAAAACUUAUUGAACAACCAGAAUUAGCAAAUAAAGUAGACAUGGUUUGGAUAGUGGGAGGCAGUGCUGUUUAUAAGGAAGCCAUGAAUCAACCAGGCCAUCUUAAACUGUUUGUGACAAGGAUCAUGCAGGACUUUGAAAGUGACACAUUUUUUCCAGAAAUUGAUUUGAAGAAAUAUAAACUUCUCCCAGAAUACCCAGGUGUUCUUUCCGAUGUCCAGGAGGAGAAAGGCAUUAAGUACAAAUUUGAAGUAUAUGAAAAGAAUGAUUAAUAUCUUUGGUGUUUUCUGAUUUAUUUCAAGUUGUUACCCCUCCCUUAAAAACAAUUAUACAUUUUUACAUUAAAAAAAAAAAGACUUGUUGACUUUAGACCUAGGGAUAAUUAUUUCUAAGCAUGUGUUUAUUCCCCAUUAGUCUUAAUUAGACUAUAUCAAAUACCAAUUGUGAAACAUUCCUCACUAUAACUACCUCAGUGCCUCUCCCCCGCAGCUUGAAUUGUCAUUCCACACCCAUCACAUACGGAAUUUUUGCCAGUCCUUGCCAUUGUCAGACUUGUAAAAUGUUGGCGGUAUUAAUUAAAAAUGAAGAUGGUCAAAUACCCUUCAAUUCAGCAAUUCCUCUGUUGGGUAAAUACUGAGAGAAAACCUACAUGUAUAUCCAGAAGUUUGUAGACAGCCUUGUUUGUAAUACUGAAAAACUGAGAACAGCCUGCAAGUCCAGUGGCAGGAAAAUGAAUAUAUUACUGUCUUAGAUUGGGCAUCCCCCAAAGCAGAUCCCAAGACUGAAAUUUCAAUGAAACCAGUCUAUUUGGUAGGUCAUACCAGAAAGCACCAAAUGGAGUGUGGAAAAAUUGAGAUGGGAAGGUAAGAAAGCCAGUUCAAGAUCAGUGAGCAGGUUCUUAUUGGGUAAUAAGCUCAAUACUGCUGAGGUACCUAGGAAAUGGAAGGAAGGAAGCUGGAGUA